ACUCUCUCCUCGUAUAAAAACCCCUCUUUCCCCAUCCAGGGUUUCACUCUCAGUUCAACCUCAAGCUCUCAUUUCUCUCGUAUCUCUUCAAAACCCUACCUAUAAUAUUACCGAACAACCAACCAUGGCUGAGAGAGGCGGAGACCGCGGUGGCUUUGGUAGAGGCUUCGGAGGCAGAGGGCGUGGCGGAGACAGAGGCGGCAGAGGAGACCGUGGCGGCAGAGGAGGCCGCCGUGGCCGAGGCCGCCGCGAAGCCGACGAAGAAAAAUGGGUCCCAGUUACCAAGCUCGGCCGGUUGGUCAAGGACGGUAAGAUCAGAUCCCUAGAGCAAAUUUACCUCCACUCACUCCCGAUCAAAGAGCACCAAAUUAUCGACACUCUGGUAGGACCAUCUCUCAAGGACGAGGUCAUGAAGAUCAUGCCGGUCCAGAAACAAACCCGGGCCGGUCAACGUACCCGGUUCAAGGCUUUCGUCGUGGUCGGUGACGGAAAUGGCCAUGUAGGGUUGGGGGUGAAGUGUUCGAAAGAGGUGGCGACGGCGAUUAGGGGAUCGAUAAUUCUGGCGAAGCUGUCCGUGAUUCCGGUGAGGAGAGGGUAUUGGGGGAAUAAGAUUGGGAAGCCUCAUACAGUGCCUUGUAAGGUCACCGGAAAAUGUGGGUCCGUCACCGUCCGGAUGGUGCCGGCUCCGAGAGGUGCCGGGAUUGUGGCGGCGCGUGUACCCAAGAAGGUGCUGCAGUUUGCUGGGAUUGAGGAUGUUUUCACUUCGUCUCGUGGCUCCACCAAGACUCUUGGAAAUUUCGUCAAGGCAACUUUUGAUUGUCUGCUGAAGACUUAUGGGUUCCUUACUCCAGACUUUUGGAGCGAGACUCGCUUCACAAAAUCUCCAUUCCAAGAGCACACAGAUCUGUUGGCAAAGCCGACUAACAAGAUUGUUUUCAAUGAUGAUGCUGCUGAGAGGAUUGAGCCUUGAUAUGUGUUCUAGGUUUUAAUAAUAGUGCGAAGUAUGUUUUGCUAGGACUUUCCAUCAAAGAACUCAGAUUGUUUGAAUUUAAUCCUCUCUUUCUAGGGAUGUUUUGUUGCUAUCAUUUUCGGACAUGUUCAGAUGGUUCUUUAAGAUUUGGACUAAAAUGUUUAUGCUUGCUUAUUUUUAAGGAAUGAGAGUUUUGUAUGGGUUGAAAUGUUUGUUGCAAGUUUCUAGGAAACAUUAUUUGGAUGCCCUCCUCGCCCGAUUUUGUUGGCUGCAAUACUUCAGUG